GAAAUGGUGUGGGUGGAGUAACCCAGGGAAAGGAAAGAAAUCUUGGAAAACUGGAGUGUGAUGUCCCAAACCACAGGCUGGCAGCCUUGCCCGUGGUUUGCUGCCUUCCUCCAGGCUUUACAAACACUUCCAUAACUGUUCUGAGGGGAGGAAUUUCUGCUCUGUGCUCCGAGGCAGGCAAAACUGUUCUGUGCUGCCGUGGAUGUGAAGUGCUCUCCGUGCUGCUUCUCCCCCAGAAACUCCCAGGGCCUUGAAUUUGCAACCCCAAAAAAUAUAAAUAUAAAUAUCCUGGCUGGAUCUGGUUGGAAGCCGGAGCAGGGGAUGAAUAGCAGGAGGGAAGAAGGAGUGAAGUUGGUGAUUUUUCUGGCACAUGGAUGCAAUUACACUCCGUGCAUUCCAGAGGCGUUCCUUUGAACCCCGGGCAGGUCUGCCUGCUGUCCUUGGGAGAGAGGAGGAAAAAGGGAGGACGAGUCCCCUCGCUGGGAGACGGAAUGUCUGCAUUUUCAAUCCUCCUCUUAGCUUCCUGCUCUGUUUGGCUGUGCGAGGCUCAGACGGAGUUCAAGAGGGUGGCAGAAGAGAACGUGACCCUGCCCUGCCACCACCGCCUGGGGCUGCUGGAGCAGGGCAGCCUGGACAUCGAGUGGCUGCUGCACAUCUCGGAGACCGUGCAGAAAGCGGUGAUCACCUACUCCGGGGGCCGUGUUUAUGAUGACCUGAACGAGGAGCAGAAGGGCCGCGUCUCCUUCACCUCCAACUUCCUCGCUGGAGAUGCAUCCCUGCAGAUCAUCUCCCUGCAGUCCAGCGAUGCAGGGAAAUACAUCUGCAAGGUCAAGAACGCCGGCCAGUACGAGUGGGCUCGCAUCACCCUCAAGGUCGUGGGUAAGGACGGUCCCUUGGUCUCCAGAGGGAAAAACAAACCCAGACUCACUUCCUGGGGAGAUGUUGGUUCCAGCAGGGUAGAAAUAGACAGAGACACCUCAGGAUCGGGUUUCAGUGCUCGACUUGGUAUCUUCAUUUGGGUUUUUGGGCCACAGGAAGAGCCUAAAGAACUGCUAGAAGCAAAAAUCAACAUCCUUAACCCUUUCAUUCAAAUGCUCCUAAAUCAGCCAAGGUUAAUUGCAAACCAAGGAAGGGUCCAAAGGCCUUCUGCCAUGCUUUACUUUCCUCAGUUAUUAUUAGAAUUUGCAACUGUCCCAAUUAUCAGAAUUCACAACUGUCCCAAUUAUCAGAAUUCACAACUGUCCCAGUGUUGGACUCCACACAAUCACAAUCACAAAUACCCACAUUGCCUGUCUGUACCUGACACCAAACACUUGGUAUCUCACACCAAUAAAUUUGGUUUUUGGACAACAGAUGCCCAGAACAUCAGCCUGAUGGCCGGGGCGGUGUGUGGAGUGGUGCUGGGGCUCUCCCUCCUCCUCCUGGUGGUGAGGCUGACCAUCAGGAGGAAAGAGAAGAAGAGGUACGAGGAAGAGGAGGCACCCCCAACUGCAAUGAAUCAGGUACGCCUUUUUGAUGCCGAGGCACCCAAGGCGCAUCUCGUCAAACCCAGCUCCUCCUCCUCGGGCUCCCGCAGCUCCCGCUCGGGCUCCUCCUCCACCAGAUCCACCGCCAACAGUGCCUCCCGCAGCCAGCGGACUUUGUCCACCGAAGCCACUCCGCACCUGACCCCUCCCCAGUACAGCCAGCGGCAGCUGGACAGGAAGGAAGAACCCAAAAAAGUCGAUUACAACCAGCUGGCGAAGGUGGCAGUGCCAGCCGUGAUGGUGCCCGCGCAGAGCCGCGCAUUCCAGACCGUCUGAGCAUCCCCGGAGCGGCCGCUGACCCGCAGCGCCGCUUGUCACAGCACCGAGGAAACGCCAGAAUUGUCACAGCACCGGGGAAAAAUUGUCACAGCACCGG